AUGUUUGCACCAUUAACUAGAAGAGCCUCAAAAGGAGCCAUAAUCGUUGCUCUUGGAAGAAAACGCGCUGCCUCUCGACCAAAACAUGCAACAGCAUCAGCUACUUUCAGCCCACAGAAGAUCACUCAAAUUUUACAAGAGCAGAGUACAAACUCCAAACUUUCUCUUGAAAAAGCCGAAAUCCACACAUCGAACUCGGAUUUUAAUCUCGACUACGCAUUAACAAAGAAAAUUACAAUUAAAUUUUUAAGUAAUUGGGGAAAUGUACCUAAAAUAUCAUCAGGAGACAUUGCUGUUCUAGACAAGGAUAAGAUUUCUCUAGAAAUAACUGAUAUGGUUGUUUAUCCGAAAGAGAUGACAUACUUACUGCCAAAUUUAGAUCCUUCGAAAUCUCUGAAAAUGUUCGCUUGGCAUUCCGCUUUUGACGCAAAAGAUCCGAUAGAGAUUACGUUUUUCACAAGCUCAAACGCUCGCUACGUUAGAUUUAUUAAUUCUGGCAUAGACAAAGAAACGGCAUUAAAGGACCUCGAAAUCUAUGAAAAUGAUAACUUAGCAUUUAAAGGAGAAACACAUAGAGAUUUUGGUAUAGUUGCCAUGUUGGAUUCACACCCUGUUGAGAAAGUAAGCUAUGAACACAAUCUCAAUCUUCAGCGAUGGGAUGCUCUAUUUAAAGAUAGUUAUGGUUUCGUUCCACAAUUUACAGGUAACCUUAUAACAAUUAGGUUGCGUUCAAAUUAUGGUAACCCAGAAGCAACUAGUAUAUCACACGUUGUAUUUUUCGAUACAAGUGAGAAGCCAAUACCAGUUGAAUACUUUUCUACUGAUAGAGCUUUGAAACAAUGCAUUUUUGAUAAUCCAAGGAAAUUCCAGACUAUCGAGAACCAGGUUAUUUUUGCUAACACUGAUAAGAAUGUUCCCCAAAUCGACAUUAGCGUUGUGAAACCUAUUGCAAUCGGUGGUGUUUGCGUAUUCAACACAAGUUUGCCAGAUAUACCAACAAAUCAGUGUACAAAAGUAUUCGAAAUCCUACUCAAUGGCGUACAAACGUAUAUUGGAAAGAUUCCUCAAAGCGAUGGAUUACCUAGGAAUCAAAAACAAUCAAUGACGCGCGUAUUCUUGAGUGAUAUGAAUAAGCGUUUUGUUAAGUAA